GGGACCUUGUCACAUCUAAGAGGCAUUGGAAGGGCAGUGGCCCAGCACCGCGAAAAUCGAAGGGCAAGGCCCCGUCGAAGAGGAGCCGCCAGACGGAACGCCAGGGCCCUUCUACCCUCCCACUGUCGUCCUCUGAUGAGGAGGAACAUAAUACGCCUCCCGCACUGGAGGUUAUGGAUGAGUGGAAGGCGGAGGACUCCCCGUCCGAAGAGGAGGACUGGUUUGACACACACCGGG